AUGCCGACCCCCGCGCCCGCCGAGGGCGACGCCGCGACGGCCAAGCUCGGUGUCUGGAAAGAGGCGCUUUACGACCGAUGUCGCGAAUCUGGAACAGAUAUGUUCUCCCAGGAUGACCUUAUGCGCCUCGAUGUCAUCCCCAAAGGCGACUUGAUGCUGCUUGCCCGCGUCGUCCAGUCCCUUACUGAUGACAAGCUUUUCAUCACCAUGCGCGAGGCCUCUGGCCAAGUGCUAUGGAAAUGGCGCGAUUCUCAGGAGGCUCACAAGUACAAGCAGUGCUCUACCGACGAGCAGGUCAUGGUCUACUCUCUUAUCGACGAUUCGGGCGGCGACGGUAUCUGGUCCCAGACGCUCCAGAAGCGCCUCAAUAUGCACGAUUCAGUUCUCAAAAAUGCACUCAAGCAACUACAAGCCAAGGGACUCAUCGCACCCUUCAAGAAUGUCGAGCACCCCAACAAGAAGAUGUUCAUCAAGGCCUCCAUACGGCCCAGCGAUCGCGCCACGGGUGGCCCAUGGUACACCGACCAGAAUCUCGACGAGGCUUUUAUCGAUGAACUACAGCGCGUUGUGUUUGAUUUCAUAAAGCGCCAGAGUAGCUACCACAGCACACAUGGAGGUGGCGCUGCGCGAACGCAGGUCCCCAAGAAAGGAGUCGUUAAAGGUGGUGUGGACAAGGGCAAGAAGCGAGAUGCUAGUCACAUGGACGAACCCCCUGCCAAAACACCCAAGACAUCUCCAACGACUACGGUCAAGAAAGACGCAAUGCUUCCUCUACCUGCUGGUUAUACAGGCUAUCCGACCGUCCGCGACAUUGCACGUCUUCUAUCGGCGAGUGGCAUUACUCAUAACACCAUUUUGUCUGAACACGACGUGCAGAAGCUCGUGGAUGUGUUGGUUUGGGAUAACCUCAUCGAGUCAGUCAAGGUGGCUGGAAAGAUAGGUUAUCGCGUUUCUCGGAUCGCCAAGCAGUCCUUAGAAAGCUGGGCUGGCAGGGAUGAUCCCACUGGCCGCGAAGGCGGUCCGGAAUCCUUCGUGAGUGCUUUCACGGAAGCCCCCUGUGGGCGUUGCCCAGUGUUUGAGAUCUGCGAAGAAGGCGGCCCUGUAGGCCCCAACAAUUGCGAGUACUUCAAGAGAUGGCUGGGCGCUGAAUAG